AUGGCGGACCCGAAAACAAUAGGCGACUGGACCGAAACCGUGACAGACCUGCCACCCAAUAAACGCUACAUCUGCACGCACGACAAGGAUGGGAAAUCAGUCGUUCAUUCCUCACCGCCGCAGCUAUACCAUGGACGAGGUGGUGUGGGCGGAAUGGCACGAUCAUUCGCAACCGCAACCAUCCCCGCAACGCUCGCCAACGACGCCGACGUCUCCGCGUACCUCUCUUCCACAGGCGCAACCUCGCACCUCGGCACCGACAUCAUCGUCCCCACCCAGCGCGGGGCCAAUCUCGUCGUAGUCGACAUGGCACCCGGAGGUCAGAGCCAGAUGCACAGAACCGUCAGCAUAGAUUUCAGUAUCUGUGUGAUUGGAUAUGUGAGGAUGGAAUUGGAUGGCGGGGAGAUGCUAGAUUUGAGACCUGGAGACCAUAUUAUCCAGCGAGGAACGAUGCACAAGUGGUAUAACGGUUCGCAGACGGAGCCCGCGCGGUUCGUGGCAGUCACACUACCCUGUGAACCAUUCGAGAUCCCAGGGACGGGAAAGAUGUUGGCAGAGGAACAUAUCGCUGGAAGCGGUGCUAGACAGGCAGACGGGAGUAAGCUGUGA